AUGGGAUCCUCUGUUCAACCUAAAGCGCAGAAUGGGAAAUUCCAGGUUGGAUUCCCGCCUGUUGCCGCUGCAGAGAAUUCAGCAUUGAUCCGACAUCUGGUCGAUGUUGUCAACGCCGUCUACACCAAGGACGAGCAGGGCAUAUGGGCCUCAGACAAGCCAUUCGCAAGAACAGACGACGACGAGAUCAGCAAGUAUCUUCAAAGUGGGGAGCUGGCUCUGGCGUGGGCAUCCGACACAUCCAAACCGGCAGAGCCCGGCUUCGUCCCCGAGCCGUCCUCCGUCAUGGGGUGCAUCCACCUGCACCGGCCGGAGGAGCGCCUCGUGGAGGUGGGUAUGCUCGUGUGCGACCCGGCGUUCCGCGGCAGUGGCGUCGGGAGGGAGCUCAUGCGUUUCGCCGAGGAGCACGCGAAGGAGCAGGGAGCCGCCGUCACCCAGGUCGAGCUGCUCUUCCCGGAGGGCUGGGAGCAUCCCUUCAAGAUGAGGCUGCAGGGCUGGUAUGAGCGGCUUGGCUACAAGCUCGUCAGGAUGGGCGAGGUCAAGGACAAAUACCCGCGCCUGGUCGACAGUCUCGCUGGGCCAACGAGGUUCAAGGUGUCUGAGAAGCAGCUGUGA